AUGCAAAAAAUAUGGCAAACGCGGGUAGAUUGGGAUGCAACGUUACCAACAGAAAUUGAAGGCGAGUGGCGCAAGUGCCGUGCAAAUUUAAUACAUUUAAACACGUUAAAAAUUACGCGUUCGCUCGUGGGUGAUGGUGACAUGGCGGAUAUACAAUUACAUGGGUUCGCGGACGCAUCACUUACAGCAUAUGGCGCUUGUCUAUAUCUCCGCGUAAAAAACUAUAAUGGUGAGGUCAUAACUAAUUUAAUUUGUUCGAAAUCACGUGUCGCACCAUUAAAAACAAUUUCAUUGCCACGUCUAGAGCUAUUAGCCGCCGUCCUACUAGUGCGGCUGGCGGCCAAGUACGCGACGAGUUUAUUCAAUUUAUACCAAUUGAGCACAAAUAUUUUUGGUCUGACUCUACCGUCGUUUUAUCUUGGAUAUCGUCAGAAUCGGCAAGAUGGAAAACAUUUGUUGCACACCGCAUUGGCGAAAUACAUGAAACUACGUCGAUUUCGCAGUGGCACCACGUCAGCACCAAGGAUAACCCGGCAGAUAUAG